AUGUAUUCGCCCUCCAAAGAACCAAGUCACUCGUCGAGAAGCUACAACAGAGCAAGGCAAGGAGCGCCGCUAGGUCAAUAUCAAAGUGGUCAAGGUGCACGAACGGGCCCACCCACCUCCUUCACGCCGUACGACAGGUCCUUACCAACUGCACCACAGCCAACCCCAACCCAUACAGCGUCAUCCACCGUUUUCAUCGACGAUCCCUCGUCGUCUGCUUCUCAUGAUACUACCGUUUCGCCACUAUAUGCAGCCAUGCGUAACGAGAAAGCUGUGGAUAUAGUGUCGUCAGGUCAUGAUCAAUGCGAGGGAGAAGUACGAUCAGGCAUACCUGCCUCCUUCGCGCCGUCGGACAAGUCCCUGCCAGCGGAACCUCAGCAAAAGCCUCUUCGCUUCUGCUCCACUAUCCCCGGUCAGGCGGCAGAGACCAUGUCAUCUACCGCUUCCAUCGAUCAUCGCCUGCCAUUUGUACCGAGUGCGACGUUCGCUUCCGCACCGCAUGAAGGCCCGUACGGGCAGAGUGCCGUGGAUGUAACAUCGUCCGGUGACAGCAAGCUCCCGCCAGCCAACGUCAUCAUCUUCGGUGAAUCCGGCGUUGGCAAAAGCUCCCUCAUCAACAUGCUCUCCGGCGACGCAAACGCGUCUGCGGCUGUUUCCAACCAGGCGCUCGGUUGUACCUUCGAGACCGAGCCAUAUCAAGUCACCAUCGACGAGCGCAAUUACGUGCUCUGGGAUACCGCGGGGCUCAACGAGGGCUCCAAGGGUUCUGUAACAGCGCAUGAGGCGUGUGAGAAGCUCGUUGAUCUAUUGAAGCAGCUGAAGGGAGGCGUGCAUCUGUUGAUGUACGUCGUACGCGGGACUCGCUUGCGGAGCAUCGUCAAGAUCAACUACGAUAUCUUCCAGCGUGUCGUCUUCCGCGGGCAGGUCCCAAUCGUGCUCGUCGCGACGGGCUUGGAAAAUGAGGACCGGAUGGAGAGCUGUGGCGCAGGGACAACACCAAGGUAA